AUGUCAUCAUUCAUUUGUCCACUUUGUUUGACGAAUCGAAAUUUCGUUAGCCUUGCUAAAAUGUUUCAACACAUCACAAUUUAUCAUCAAAAUGAAUCGAAUUUCGAAAUUACUUGUGAUUUACAUAGUACAUGUGGUGUUUUAUAUCAAACAUAUUCAGGAUAUAAAUCUCAUAUUUAUCGACAACAUUUAUCUGAACUUCAUUCAACAGAAAAGAAUCAGAAAAACUUAGAUACAAUUCCUGCUGUUGGUCUACAAGAAGAAAAUAUGAAUUUGCUUGUUGGGUCGGAUUCAACUAUUGGUGAUACUAAUGAUCCAUUAGAUUUUGCUGAUGAUAAUCUAGAAUCAAUGCUACCAGAAGAUGAUUAUGAAGCAGAGUUUUAUGAUUCCGCCUCAUCAUUUAGUUCAACCAAUAGUGAUGAGAAACCACUAGGAUCAAUGAUGGACAUUAAAAGAUCGCAUGUUUUAUUUAUCUUAAAGUUACGGGAAGAAUUUUUACUACCGAAAAAUGUUACGAGUAUUAUUUCUAGUUACAUCACAACAUUAAUACAAAAUAUAGAAAUGUUUUUGGGAAAAAAAGCAAUUAAUUAUUCUCCAGAAAGUGAUUAUUCCGCUUCAUCAUCUUCUAGAAAAGAAAAGAAAAAAGCUAUUGAAUUCGAUCAAUUAAAACAGAUACUCGAUGAUAUACGCGACGCAAUCGAAUCGGUUACCAAAAAUGAAUAUCAAUUUAUCAAACAUUGUGAAAAAUAUUUUGCCUACAGUUCGCCUAAAGAAAUUGUUUUGUCAUCUGUUGGUGAAGUUUCAGAACAUGCAUAUUUUAUUCCAAUUGAAAACACAUUGUUAUCAAUGCUGAAUUAUCAGCCACUUGCUGUUCAGAUUCUUGAAAAUAUUCAACAACAACAAGCAAUCACUAAACACGAUGACGAUUUGAUGUUCUCUAUUCGAGAUGGAUAUCAUGGUAGUAGAUUAGAUCAUGAUAGCCUAUUGCUACAACUAUACUUAGAUGACAUUGGAUUGACAAAUCCUAUCGGUUCAAAACGUGAUCAACAUAAAAUGUGUAUGGUUUACUUUUCACUUGAAGAUAUUCCGGAUCAACUUCGAUCAAAAGUUGAUUUUAUUCAGUUAGUUGCUGUUUGCGAAAGUAAAAUUCUAAAGGACAAAAUCAAGGCUAAACGCUUCUUUCAGCCGAUUAUCGAUAAUUUAAACCACUUACAACUUAAUGGCCUUCUAAUCAAUGGUAUUCAUCAUAAGUUUUCAUUUUCGACUGUCGUUGCGGAUAAUCUCGCUGCUCAUUUUGUUGGUGACUUUCGGUCAUGUUUUAAUAGUGGAAAUUUUUGUCGGCGAUGUUACGUCACCUAUGCGGAGAAGAACUCACCUAUUCCAUUGUCACAAAUUAAAAUUCGAACGGUAUUUGAUCAUGAUGAUUUAGUUCAAGAAAUCAUCAAUGAUCCUAAUGAAUCUUCUUUGAUGGGUGUGAUAGAUCAGAGUCCAUUGCAUGAUCUUAUUGGUUUUCAUCCAAUAGUCUCACUGCCAGGUGACUGUAUGCAUGAUUUUCUUGAAGGAAUAUGCCCGAUGGUUGUAAUGUCUCUACUGAAACAAGCUUCAUCGAGACGUCUUAUAACAUACGUUCGUAUUCAAGAACGAAUGGAAGUUUUCAAAUAUGGUUACUUUGAUACCAACAAUCGACCACCACCAAUUCAAGUAAAGCAUCUUCAAAACGAUAGAAUUGUUGCCACAGCUUCUCAGAAGUUGUGCAUUUUCAAAUUGUUUCCAAUAAUCUUUCAUGAUAUUAUUCACCAUUUACCAUCAUUUAUUAUAUAUAAAGUUCUACGCGAAAUCUUAGAUCUAGUUUUAUCAUACCCUUUCAGAAAAAGCUGGCUACCUGUGCUUGGCGAUCUUUGUGAGUCACUUCAUCAAAAGAUGCUAAUACAUUUUCCAGAUAAAAUUGUACCAAAAUUUCAUUUUGCUCGUGAAUAUGAACGAAUAACACAUGAUUUUGGCCCACCAAGCAAGCAGUGGUGUUUCAGAUACGAAGCGUGCCACGCUUACUUUAAAAAAAUCAUUAUGAGAACAAAUAAUUUUAAAAAUACUCCCAAGAUGCUUGCAACACGUCAUCGUCUUAAACAAUGUUUUAAAUUCGCCAAUUUAUCUCGAUUAAAAACUUUCGAUUAUGUAGUAGGAAUUAAAAAAGUGCGUAGCACAUUUUUUAAUAUGUCCAUGAAAAAAGUGUUACUAGAUCAUUUUGGUUCUAUUGAUCUUGAAGAAGAUUUAAAUCAAUGUAAUAGACUGAUUCAUGAGAAUAUCGAAUAUUGUCAAUCAGCUGUAUACAUAAUCAAUGUAAAACCUUUUAAUGAACAACCAAUUUUCGCACAAAUUAUUCUUAUUAUCAAAAUGGAUGAGAAAUGGUGGUUAUUGGUGGAUAUACUUGAUACUAUUUCGUACGAUGAAGAAUUAUUCGCGUGGGAAAUCAUGUCAAUUGAUCGUUACUCUAUUCUUGAUCCAUGUCAAUUAAAAUAUUAUUAUAAAGGAUUAGAUAUUUAUCAAGUGAACAACUCGAGUUUUGUUUCUUUUACCACUCGCAUCACGUCGUAUUAA